AUGGUGCAGCAGAAUGUACCACCCUCCACCGUUGCCGCCAGCUACCCCGGGUUCCGAUGUUACCUGUGCAGCUCCGGGACUGGCACGAUGGGUCUCCCCUCACGAGUUCACGAGAGAGAAUACAAACAUCUCCUGGCUUUUAUGUUUGCUAUUGAUGAGAUAAACAGCAGUCCAGAUAUUCUGCCCAAUUUGACUCUGGGAUAUCAUGUGUAUGAUUCUUGUGGAAAUGUGAAUAAAGCCACAAAAGAUGUUCUGCAGAUCUUGUCUGGACAUUCCAAGACAGUUCCAAAUUAUUCCUGUAUGGUGCGGGGUACAGUGGCUGGUUUCAUCGGAGACCUCAAAUCAGAUACCACUCUCCAAAUGGCUCAACUUUUACAUCUAUAUGGUUACACACAGAUUAGUUAUGGAGCUAGAGAUACUUUAGUGAGUGACAGAAAGAUGUUUCCAAACCUUUUUCGGACAGUUCCAGAUAAUGAGAUGCAAUAUGUGGCCAUAGUGAAGUUACUGAAAAGUUUGAAGUGGAACUGGGUUGGGAUCAUUACAUCUGAUGAUGAAUAUGGAGAGAGGGAGAUCCAACAACUCAGCAAAAAGUUAACUAAUCAUGGAAUUUGUAUUGAAUUUAAGAUCAUGUUAUCUCGUAUUGACAGAUUAGAAACUGACUCGGCUGAUAACGGCACGUACCUCAAAGCCACCUCACAUAAAUUGCUAAUGAUGUCAGAAAAGCUGGAUGACCUAGAGAACAGGGCACGCCGCAACAAUUUGCGAAGGAUUUCAAUGCGAUGCCGGGUUGCCAUAGCGACAGGACACCGAGGUUCAGUGAGAGCAGAGGGACAGUCCACUGGCGCACACGCCAUGCGGUACAGGUAUGUUAGCAGUCAAAGAGGAGUCAAAAUAGCCACUGAGAAUGUGAAUGGCGUGGUCCGUCCUAUAAAUCAGAUGGAACGCACCGCCAUCUUGCGCUUCAAGAGACAGACUCGGUUCUUCCAAUACUCUUCCUCCUACUCCACUCUAAAAAGAAUUCCUGAACUAAAUAAGGUGGAAGAAACCACCAAACACCACUCUGCUGUUCUUAGCCAAGCCCCAAGAGGUCGAUGUUCUGAGGAAUGUUUUCCAGGGUUUAGAAAAGCUCUAAGGGAAGGAUAUCACGUAUGUUGUUAUGACUGUGUUCUAUGUUCAGGGGGAGAAAUAUCAAUCCAUUCUGAUAGUGAAAACUGCCAGAUGUGUCCUGAAGAUCAAUGGCCUAAUGAGGCUAGAAAUAUUUGUGUUGCCAAAUGUUAUGAGUAUUUGUCAUAUGGGGAGGACAUUGUGGUUGUAUUGUUUUCUGCAUCUUCAGUCAUAUUUUCUGCUACAUCUCUCUGUAUGCUUGGAAUAUUUUUUUGGUUUCGGAGCACUCCUAUAGUCAGAGCCAAUAACAGGAACCUCAGCUUCAUUCUGCUCUUUUCUCUCAUGCUGAGUUUCCUUUCUGUGUUCCUGUUCCUUGGACAUCCGGUGGAUAUAACUUGUAUGCUGCAACAAGUCUUCUUUGGAAUUGUCUUUACAGUCUCUCUGUCUUCUAUCCUAGCCAAAACCACCAUGGUUGUUAUUGCUUUUAAAGCCACCAGACCUGGAAGCUCCUGCAAGAAAUGGGUGGGAGUCAAACUUCCCAAUACAGUCCUGUUGUUCUGCACAUUAAUUCAGGUUAUGAUUGGUGUUUUCUGGUUGUCCAUCUCUCCACCAUUUCAAGAGUAUGACAUGCACACCUCUCCUGGGAAGAUCAUCAUUCAGUGUAAUGAAGGGUCAGUUAUCGGGUUCUACUCUGUGUUGGGUUAUAUGGGGCUUCUGGCAGCUGUGAGUUUUGUUCUGGCUUUCAUGGUGAGGACAUUACCGGACAGUUUUAAUGAGGCCAAGUACAUCACCUUCAGCAUGCUGGUAUUCUGCAGUGUCUGGAUUGCCAUGAUCCCGGCCUAUCUGAGUACCAGAGGAAAGUAUACAGUAGCUGUGGAGAUAUUCGCCAUACUGACCUCCAGUGCUGGAAUAUUAGCCUGUAUAUUUUUUCCAAAAAUCUAUAUUAUACUUUUUAAACCUGAGCUGUACACAAGAAAAUCCAUGCUGGGAGGAAGAAUGAUGUAA